GGUACCCAGGCACUCCUCCUGUCGGCCCGGCCGUGUGGAUGUCACUCCCUCAACAAUACAUGAUUGUAUCUGUAGUACUUCUACGAGUAGCCCAAUGCCUGCAUCAGUGCAUGGCCUAGGCUAGGAUUAUGAUUGAUAGGCCGGCCGGCCGGGCAGCGUUGCAGUAAUCCAAUAAUGUUAUUGAAUAAAUUGAUGUGAUGUUUCGUGUUCAAGAAAUCCUGCAGCUGAAAAUGAUCCGGUUGCUGCGCUAGGUCCCAACUGGCCACUGAUGCAAACGGUGGAAGACCAAGUGGUGGUUUCUUUCCCCAGCCAAAAUCCUCUGCUCUAUCUGUCUGAAGUAGCAACCAGAGAGCUUGUCCGAAGUAUCAAAGAGCUCAAAGUGGUUUGGAAACAUACACCGGAUAAUUUGAGUUGAGAUCAAUGUUUGUUCUUGUCUGAGGCGCUAUCGCGCUCAGCGGCGACGAGCUAGUCUUGCGCAAUUGCAGAGCCCCAGACGCUCCGUAAUCAGGCGCGCACAGACAUGCCCAGGAGCCGACCGUGAGGCGGUGAAGUGCAUGUGGCGAUUCGGAGUGGCCCAGUGCAGAUACUUGAGUUGCGGGGACGUGCACUUGUUGUUGGCUGACUGGCUGGCAAGGGAACGCGCUGCACGUAAACCCGCCGUACCUGGAUUGCUAGCUGUCGCACUGCGCGGUAUUCAGACAUGGCAAAUGGCACGACAACCGAUCCACUCUCUCUUUACGAAUGGUACCAUGGUAACAUUAGUCGUGAUCUAGCUGAGCAGCGGCUACGAUUUAACGGCACAUUUCUGGUCAGGAAGCGCAGCACACAGGACGGAUCCUAUGUCAUAUCUAUACGUACGCUGCAAAAUGAUCUUCUACACAGUCUCAUUGUUGAGCGGAACGGGAAUUUCUUUUUACAGGGACAGGGCGUGGAUUUCCUCUCACUGGCCGAACUGAUUAGGUACAAUGAGCAGCGGCUUGGCAAUUCACAGUCGCCGCCAAACUUCAUCGUUCAUACUCCGUCACCGGGCAUCCCGAGACGCGUUGUGCAUCGCUCGACGGUGGCGGCCAUUUCCCUGCCAGCGUCGCCAAUGACAACCCCGUUACCCGGUGUACAGGCAUCUCCGGCUCAGGCACGGCCGCCAACAACGGUCGUGAACGAUAUCAUAAGCGAAGAGCCGCCACCGAGCUACAACGAGGCAUUGUCCAUGGAGAUGCCGGACUGUCGGCCAUCAACGCCGCCACCGCCUGUAACAACAGCACCAACAGCAGCAACCGGACGGCAUCUUCCAGCGGCGUACAAUCCAUCAGAUAAUCGGCACGCUCCCGGUCUAGGGGGUGUGGCACCACCGCCUCCGCUUCAACACGGGGAUAGUCGGCUGACGGCCGCCUCCGCGGCAUCCCACUCACCGUUGACACACCAGCAGCAGCGGAGCGGCAGCAAGCGCUGUGCCUCUGCCUGCGGUGAAUGCUGUGCUGAGUGCCUGGACUGCACGUACACGCACGUGUGCUGCUGUGAAUCCUCGAGCGCCUGCGCUCGCUGUUGGCAUAGCAACAACGUGCAGGACGCGGUGGACUGCUGCUGUAUACAGGUGGAUCGGUACAGCUGCUGGGACGCGUGCUGCUACGGCUGCUUUCGUUACGACGCCGAACUGGGUACCACGUUCCCCAUGGACCAGGGUGUCUUCUACCGUACUAUUCACAUUUUGGCCGGUGCUGUUGCAGCCGUGAUGCUGUUUGCCACCUCUCCACUCUUACUGAUAUUCUUCCUGUGUAACAUGUCUCGGGUGUAAGCACUCGUCAUUUUUGAGUAAAAAGCCGCCACGAUGAGACGUUCCUGA